AUUGAUCUUUUAAUCUUAAAGUCUUCCUUAUUGCAUAGUAGGCGAGUCCAGAUAAAAAAGAACAUGAAGAUAUGAAAAUAUGUUUUAUAAAAUUAAUUAAAAUAAUGUUUUGGUUUUCAAGAAGAAAUAUAUUUUUUCUGAAUUUCACAAUCGGUGUGUUACUUGUGACUUUUAUUACGUUACGUCUCCAUAACAUUGGUAUUAUUGAUUUACGACUACGCAAGCCCACUGUGAAACUUACUAUUACAAAUAUAAAAGCUACUACACCAACCAAUAAAACUCCUUUGCGAAUUCCGUGGCGAUUUCAUAUAGAAGAAGAUGGCUUUGUUUUCCCUCCGACAGAUAACAAAGAAAGAUUUAUAACGUAUGAAAGGUUAAAUGGUUCUUGGACUAAACAACUUCUGCAGUUUGAAAACGCGAAUGUAUUCGCUUAUCUAUUGAAACGUACGUUACUUGUUCCGCCAUUAUUUCCUCAUAAAUCGAGUAUGGUAAAUAACUUAACAGAAAAGAGCAAAGAUGACAAUUUUUAUAUGUCAGAAGUUAUAGAUUUUGAUUUAUUGUCUAGCAUGAUCAAACUAGGUGAAAUUGACACAACUCAAGUGGACAAUAUAAAACUUAUGAAACGUUAUACCGUAUGUCAUGACCCCCGUCUUGGUUUUUGGUUAGACUAUAUUCCAUCUGUUGAAAACAUUCAAACAUGGCGUCUGUUAAAAGAGCAAUAUUUCUCACCUUUGAAAUUGAACUUAAAUGGUUUGGAAAGACAAUAUAUAUGUCCUGGCACAGAAAAUUAUAUAGAUAGAUGGGGUCCCCCACUUCAUGUAAAAGCGUUAUAUAGAGGUAUCCUGACGGAACUGUAUAAACGGAAAGAAGAUUUGAUAUUUUUUCAGGGGGAUACACUUGAUACUACACAUAUUCGUUUCUUUGACAAACAGAGAGCUCAGAAAGCUCAAGAAUUGUUGUUAUUUUAUAUUCGAUUCUCUAAAAAAAUCACGAAGACGACAAAAAGACUGGCUCGGUUACUAGGUUACGGAUAUAUUGCCGUGCUGGCAAAUCAUGUCGUCGGUAGUAAAGACGACGGCAGUAUAUCAACGUUUAUCGCAAACGAGGCGGAACGUCAUAGCCUAAAAAAUGCGUCACGGAAUGUGUUGAUUGUCAGCAAAUCUAAUCAGCAUCAUUUAUUUACAAAUUUGCAGCAACGAGGCUUCAACCUCGUCUUCGCUGAAACUUUUAUUGAAAAUAAUUUACCUAAACGAGCACAUGCCUUUUUGAGAGACAAAGUACAUCUUCUAUCUUUAUUGUUGUGUGCGUAUGCAACCAAAUUUAUCGGAUUACCGGGUACAUCUGAUUUAUAUUUUGUCGAACAUUUGCGUUUACAAGAUACGACAUUAAUUGACGGUCUAGUGACGGAUAAAGUUAGCGUGAGAUGGGCAAAGCAUACAACAAGGGACAAAGCUGACGAAAGAAAAGUGUUAAUAAGAACGACAAAACCUCCAACGUCAGUAAAACGAAUGGUUCAUGAAUUGUCAGCUGCACAAAGAGCUCAGAACAUAGCACAGAUGAAACAGAAAGUAACUUUUCGUAAACCAGUGAAGAAGCUGGAUCGUUUAAAUAGCAUUGCUUGUAUUUUCUGUAACUAUAUUCGAUACGUGACUGGUUUACACGGCUGUCCAAACAUGAAACAUAUAUGUUGAAACUAAAAAAUAUAAAAAAAAACAAGUCGAUGGAAACACUGAUCCAGGUCUGAUACUUUAUUGGUUGCUUUCUGAUAACCAAUCGGAUGUCAAUAUUGUUAAUUUAUUCCAGUGUGUUUUAUUUUGGAUUUGAAAUCUAUUUUAGCGCGUGUAACAACCAGGUUGUUUUGUAUGAAACUUGAAAUAGACAUCAUAAAGUAAUCGCGCGUAAAAUACAUGAAGGGUAAUUAGUAUUUUCAAGAAAAUAAAACGAUGAAGCAUUUUUUUAUGAAUACACGAAUGGUGAAUGCAUUUUACAUAAUUCCAUUUGUAAUUUUAGGUAAGAGAUUUUAUUUUGUUACUACUUCUGUUUUCUUUCUUUCUUUCUUUUUAUUUAUUUUAGGAUAUUAUUUGUAUUAAUUUUUGCGCGAAAUUUAGAACAGAAAUCACGAAGAAAAGGGUUCGAACCAGAACUAAAACGCGCGAAAAUAUAAUUUUGUAGUUUACAUUGAAACCCAUUAUUUAGUCUAAGUCCUAAACUUUUGCACGCGUGAAAAUAUAACCAUAUUGCUUUUGUGCGCAAAUUGGUAAGGGGAGGCUUCGUCUGUAAAAAAAAAUUGUAAUUCCUUGAAAAACAUUGGGGUGACUAGAAUUCCAUACGCGAGAGCAGAAGGUUCCAAUAACGUUUAAUAAAAUGACCUGUUGCCAAUAUUAUUACAAAUGGUUUGGAUUUUUUAAUUAAUCUAAAACAUACGCCUUUUUGGCGAAAUUGAACAGGUGGAAUAAAAGUGAGGAAUUUUCAAGCGUAAAUAUUACGCCUGCCUUAAAAAAAACGCCAUUGGAAAACAGCCUUUCAUUGCAUUUCAUGUAGUACCUACU